AGUUACGUGACUCGCCCAUGUUAAGCGACAUAUUGUGUUUGCACUGCAGCAAUCAUGGCGAGUUUUCCUGUCUUUCAAGUAACAGAAGGUGAAUGGUCAUCUGAAAAAUUCAUCGAUAUUUUGGGUUUGAAAAUGCCUGCACAUUUCACUUCCGAUCCUCAGUUGCUUUGUGACUUUAUCACGAAUUUUCAGACGAGAUCUGACGAUGUCUUCGUGGUCACAUAUCCCAAGUCAGGAACAACUUGGAUUCAAGAAAUUGUCUGGCAGAUCUUGAAUGAAGGAGAAGUCAAAAGUACCCAUGCUAGAGAGCGAGUACCAUUCUUAGAACGGGCAACCCAUCCAAGGUCUUCCCAUCUUGACAUCAACACUCUGCCAAGUCCACGAAUUUUAAAGACCCAUCUUCUUUACAAUAUUAUUCCUAAAGGUACAAACAAAGACAGCAAGUGUAAAUAUAUCUACCUCGCUCGGAAUCCAAAGGAUGUUGCUGUAUCAUUUUUUCAGUUCGUGACCAGUAUGAAGAGAUACAACGGGCCAUGGGAAUUUUACGCCAAGCUGUUUGUAGAAGGAAAUGUGGUUUGGAGCCACUGGAAUGACCAUGUUCUAGACUGGUGGAAGCACAAAGAUGAUCCAAAUGUCUUGUUUCUUAAAUACGAAGAUUUGCAAAAGGAUCUUCUUUCCCAUGUCCGAAUGAUCGCCAACUUCCUAGACCAGCCGCUGUCAGAUGAUCUCAUCCGUCGCAUAGCUGAGCAGUGCACAUUCAGUGGAAUGAAAAAAAAUGCUGCAAGUUACUCAAUACCAACCAAAGAUGGGGAGUCUUCGAUGCUUCGGAAGGGCGUGGUCGGAGACUGGAAGAAUUACUUCACUCCAGAGCUGAAUGAGCGAUUUGAGAAAGAAGUGUUGGACAAAUUGAAAGGAAGUGGAUUAGAGUUUGAUUUUGAAAUAUAAUGCACAUUUACCAAGACAGGGAACUGUCGAAACGCUACUAAUCUAACUCAAAUAAUUUUGAAGGAAUUUGCUAUAUUGUAGAUAACAAAUAAUAACAGACAAAGAGAAGAUAUAUAGAUAAAAUAGCAGGAGAAAGGAAACAUUUCCCCGGCCAAUUAACAUCUAACGUGUCAGACUAAGACUCUUCUUGCUAAUUGCUAAAUGCUAAUAAAAUUCAUAUUAGUGAGGAUUCUAUUUUCUGUCUCACUGGUUAGUGGUUGUGACAAAUAUAUCGAAAAUAUUCUAGAUUAAGACUUGGCAAAUGAAUCACUGGAAUUCAAACUAAAUGACCAGAAAUUCCAUUAUUCAGCCGGACCUAAUAUAUAAAUAACGGUUUUUUCACGGUUUCCUUGAGUUAUCCUGUUUUUGCCUCGAGACUGAAGCCUACAAAUUAAAUUUUCGGCGAGCCUGCUUAUCUCAUCGCUUAAAGUCAAACUUGGCUUGUCAACCAACAGUGUGGCUAGAUGGCUAAAUAUACAUUGGCCAAGUUCUUUUUCCUUGCAAGCAAAAAACGAAUAAGGCCAUCUUGAUCGAACAAACUUGAAGGAUUUUAUUUACACAUAAAGAACAACAUUUAUUUUUCUCGCGGGACACGGCAAGCUCUACCAACCGGGUAAGGCGUUGCCUGAGGUAAAGAGAAUCACAACUAAGCAAAGCUGAUACUACGUAGAAGCUCGAAACCUGACCACAACAACAACAGGAGAGAGGGUCCACACUGAAAGCCAAGAUGCAACCGUGGAGAGCUGUUUCGACCUGGUUGGGUCUGCGACUCGUCAGCACGGUGUAGCAGAAAGCAAAAUAGAGCAACCAGCACGAAGGCCGAUAGAGAUUUGCAUGAUAGCGUCUUUUGACUACA